AUGGCGAAGUUCUCCGAUAUACCACCUGAGAUCAAGGUGCUCAUCUACCACGCACUACUGGCCGACCCUUUGAGAGAUGGAGAUCGAAUCAUGUUCACCCUGAACCAAGACGGCCAGCCCAACUGGGAUCGCACAACUGAGCUCCAUCCCCCAGAAGACGAGCUUGUUACCGAUGUCAAACCUGCACCCGUCAAAUCUUCCAUCAAGCAUCUCGACUACAGCAAUCUUUGGUCUCUCGCUACAACCAGCAAAUUGCUCUACACAGAAGCCACGCCAGUCAUCUAUGCCAAUGCAUGUCUGGAGUACACAUUUGGUGAUUCUCUUGGUGCCUACGAAAGUCCCACUCUCCUUCACACCUUUCUCGAGAAGCUUCCACUUGCAUCCUGCGCCUUUCUUCAUCAUCUCACUAUCAUCAACAACCGGACUACAGCUGGUAAAGCUUUGACUGCCAGAGACAUGAAAACCAUCGUCGACUUGCUCAAUGAUAGACUGCCAAAUCUAGUCAGUCUGGACAUUCGAGCCAUUGACCCUAUGACUGAGCCUUGGGUUGAUGAAACUCCUCCUGAGUUCGUUAGAGAUCAUCUCCAAAUCAUGGCAGCUGCCAGACCUGUCGCUCUUCUUGCUUCGGGUCCGAGAGUCACUCUGAAGCCACGAGUAUGCUUCUACCUUGAGCCUGAGAAAGGCACGUUCGAUCCUGACAUCACUCUGGUCCUGAGACUUUUGAGAGGAUUGAUGGUGCAGCAUGUCAUGCCUACGUUGAUUGACAUUACCAAAUGGCGUCGUCAAGCUCGAGAACAUCAUGAAGUGUUCUGUCAACAAGGCACCUACCUUGAAACCACCUCUAUCAUGCGGUCCGACGCUGGCGGAGCUACAGAGCCCGCUACAGUAAGUGACAUGGAAACCGCACUGGCCGAUCGCGAACAAGUCAUGAAGCAUAUCGAGGACUGCAAGCAUUGGAGAGUGCUCUUCGACCGCGUUUCACGCGAGGGGCGUGCUUGA